UUUUAAUACGACGUCGUAGAACCCGGACUCCUCCGUCGUCUAGUUCUAGGGUUCUAUGAGGGGGCUUCACUAAACUUAACUGUGACAGCAAAAAAGAAAGGCUGUUUGUGGCGAAAAUGGAGAAUCAGGAGCCCAAAAUCGACAAAUUGCCUCAAGAUGAGGUUCCUGAUCGAGAACCAGACCAGAAGAAGCUCAAGAUUUCCGCUGCAGGCGAUGAAGCAAACUCUUCGGCUGCUGCAGCCGGCGGCGGAAGUGGCGGCUCUGAGCGUAGACCGCCGAAAUACAGGCGCCGGAAAGUCGCAAUCGUGUUUGCAUUUUGUGGGGUUGGGUAUCAGGGAAUGCAAAAGAAUCCCGGCGCAAAAACCAUUGAAGGCGAGCUCGAAGAGGCGCUGUUCCAUGCAGGCGCUGUACCUGAGGCCGAUCGGAACAAACCAAGACAGUACGAAUGGGCACGAUCCGCUCGUACCGAUAAGGGCGUGAGCGCGGUGGGGCAGGUGGUUUCUGGUCGCUUCUACGUCGAUCCGCCUGGAUUUGUGGACCGUCUCAACUCGAAUCUUCCCGAUCAGAUUCGAGUGUUUGGGUACAAGCGUGUGGCGCCGUCGUUCAGCUCCAAGAAAUUCUGCGAUCGGAGGAGGUAUGUGUAUCUAAUCCCGGUGUUUGCUCUUGAUCCGUGCUCGCAUAGUGAAGCUGAGAUGGUUAGAACUGAUUCAGCAUACGAAUACGUAAGCUGUGUAGAGUGUUCUGAGAAAGGCUAUAAGAUCCCACUUGGUGUUAUGGGCAAAGACACUAGUGAUGAUGUAAAACCCUCUGAGCUUCAGUCAGACAUUUCUUCCAGCAACUGUGAUGCAGUAAAGUGUGAAACUUUGAGCUCUAAUGUACCUAAUGGAGAAGAUAACCUAACAGAUGGGGCUGAUGCAUCUGCUUGUGUUAAGGUAGAUGAGAACACUGAUUCAAUCUCUAAAACAGAGGAUGUGCAAGAGGAGGGUUGCGAAUCAAAUUUGGAAUCUUUAAAAGAGUCGGAUACUUUGGCUAAGGGAGAGUUGGGCAAUGGCGGGAGCAAGUUCUGUUAUGGAGAGAAGGAGAAGGAGAGGUUUAACAGAAUCCUAAGCAAUUAUGUUGGUUCGCAUAACUUCCACAACUUCACCACAAGAACGAAAGCAGCAGACCCAGCUGCGAACCGCUACAUCCUCUCCUUCAAUGCAGACACGGUGAUUCAUCUCGACGGGAAAGACUUUGUGAAGUGUGAAGUUGUUGGACAGAGCUUCAUGCUUCACCAGAUUCGGAAAAUGAUCGGACUUGCUGUUGCAGUCAUGAGGAACUUUGCACCUGAAUCAGUGAUCCAAACCGCUUUCAAGAAGGAUGUGAGGAUCGUUGUACCGAUGGCGCCAGAAGUUGGGCUAUACCUUGAUGAAUGCUUCUUCACAUCUUAUAACAAAAGAUUCAAAGGCAGUCACGAUGAGGUGUCAAUGGAAGAAUACAAGGAAAUAGCUGAAGAAUUCAAAUGGAAGCAUGUGUACUCUCAUAUUGGCUCAGCAGAAGAAAAAGAUGGGAUUGUGGCGAUUUGGUUGCAUUCGCUGAACCGAAGAAACUAUCCAGACCUACGUGUUGCUGAAUACAAACCGAAUGAAGUCAUUGUCUAUAAGAAGAUUGGAGAAGCCGCUGAAGAAAAUAUCCAUGAGGACAAAAUCUCAGAGAAGGAGAACACCAAUGGCGCCGGAGAGGUAUCCGUUGCCGAUAAGGUAAAUGAUGAAACCUCUGAAGAAAAGAGUACGGAAGCGAACGCAACCGGGACGAUACAUGGGGCGGCUUGGGAUGAAGAUAGCCAGAUACUGAGCGGACGGCUUGAACCGGACGGAGGGACAUGGUUUGGUAUCUCGAGAAGUGGCCGAGUUGCUUUUCUUGUCGACAAAAUGAUCUUUACCGAUACAACCAACUGCACGUCGUUGCCUAUGGAUUUCUUGCAGCUCGACGACAUGAGUCCAGAGGACUUUGCAAGGCACAUGGCUCAAGGGAAUAUCGUUAACGACCAGAUGGCCUAUCACCUAAUCGUGGCAGACAUAACUUCAAACUCCAUGUUUCUUAUCUCCAAACCGCAUGAAAGGAUGCCAGUUGUUACAGCGGCUGUUGGUUUUGAUGUGCAUGUCCUCUCCCUUGGUGGACUCGAUGCCAACUUCUCCAAGAAUUUACGUAUGCAUGACUUUUUUGAUGAGAUGAUUGGUGAUUAUGAAAACCAAGAGCUACCACCGCUUAAGGAUAUUGCUGCCUUGUUUAUGUACGAUCCAGAAGAAGCUACGGAAGGUGACAAACUGAGCGCGUUUUUUGUCGACGUGAACGUAAGAAACGUAAUCCAUCCUGAGAUUUACAGAGAAGAAAGACGCUAUCGAACAACGAGUACAACAGCAUUGACCGUGAAACCCACUAAUGAAGUAAAGCUCUAUGAGAGGUAUUUGGAGGAUGGCGUUUGGAAAGAACAUGACUUCACUUUCAACAUCGCCUAA